AUCCUCAGUUGACCCUGGUGCUCGAGCUGGAAGGACAGUGUCUUUUCUCUGGAUAAACAAACAUACAAGUUAUUAAUAAGUCCAUCAAAGGUUCAGAAGAUACAGCACACAAUGAAGACCUGGCUUGUUCUGCUCCUCCUGGGACUCAUGGUACAAGACACGGUGGCAGUGACUCAUUCUCUGAAGUAUUUCUUCACUUCGUCUUCUGGAGUCCCAAACUUCCCAGAGUUUGUGGCUGUUGGAUUGGUUGAUGACGUUCCAAUAGAUCACUAUGACAGCAACACCAAGAGAGCCGAACCCAAACAGGACUGGAUGAGCAGAGUCACAGCAGAUGAUCCUCAGUACUGGCAGAGGGAGACUGAGUACUUGGUAGGUCAACAGCAGGUCAACAAAGCCAACAUUGACGUUGCAAAGCAGCGCUUCAACCAAACUGGAGGUGCUCACAUUGCCCAGAGGAUGUACGGCUGUGAGUGGGAUGAUGAGACUGGAGAGGUCAAUGGUUUUCGUCAGGAUGGUUAUGAUGGAGAAGACUUCAUAGCAUUUGACCUGAAGACAGAGUCAUGGAUCGCUCCAAAACAACAGGCUGUCAUCACCAAACACAAGUGGGACAAUAACAAAGCUCAGAUAGCUCAGUAUAAACACUACCUGACGCAGAUUUGUCCUGAGUGGCUGAAGAAGUAUGUGAACUAUGGGAGGAGCUCUCUGCUGAGAACAGAGGUUCCCUCAGUGUCUCUCCUCCAGAAGUCUCCCUCCUCUCCAGUCAGCUGCCACGCUACAGGUUUCUACCCUGACAGAGCCAUGAUGUUCUGGAGGAAAGAUGGAGAGGAGCUUCAUGAGCACGUGGACCUCGGAGAGAUCCUCCCCAACCACGAUGGAUCCUUCCAGAUGAGUGUUGACCUGGACCUUUCAUCAGUCCCAGCUGGAGACUGGAGGAGGUACGACUGUGUGUUUCAGCUCGCUGGUGUGGAGGACGACAUCGUCACCAAACUGGACAAAGCAGAGAUCAGGACCAACAGAGAGAAUACUAUGUACAUUUACAUCAUCGCUGCAGUGGUUGUUCUGGCUCUCGUCCUCCUCGCUGUGAUCAGAGUCCUGGUUUACAGAAAGAAGAAAGAGAGUCCUCGAGCUAGAGGUGGCUGCAGUGGAGCACCAGUUCAUCUUCAUUGAUGAGGUUGGAUUCAACCUCACAAAAAGACGAAGGAGGGGAAGGAAUAUCAUCGGCCAGCGUGCCAUUGUUUAAGUCCCUCGCCAGCGCGGAGGGAACAUCACAAUGUGUGCAGCGAUUACCCACCAAGGCGUCAUCCAUCACCAUACUACCCUUGGCCCCUACAACACUGCCCAUCUGAUCACAUUCCUGGACACCCUACAACACACUCAUUCCACCAGAUCAGGUAGAUGGCCCAGAGCAGCUCAGGUAUGUUGUCAUUUGGGACAACGUACGUUUCCACAGGGCUGCUCUGGUUCAUAACUGGUUCACUGCCCACCCACGCUUUUUAGUUGUUUAUCUCCCUCCAUAUUCUCCAUUCCUCAAUCCUAUUGAGGAAUUUUUUUCUGCCUGGUGACGGAAAGUGUAUGACAGAAAUCCACAAACGCGUAUACCUCUUCUCCAAGCUAUGGAAGACGCAUGUGGAGAUAUAGCAGCUGAUGCUUUUCAUGGCUGGAAUCGCCAUGCUAGGCGAUAUUUCCCCCGCUGCUUGGCCAGGGAAAACAUUGCUUGUGACGUGGAUGAGGUGCUGUGGCCAGACCGAAACAGAAGAGAGGAUGCAGCAUAGGUUUUUAAAAAAAAAAUGUAUUACGGUAUUAUUUUAUGUAACUCUAUACAGUAAAUUCUUCUGUUGUUUUGUAUGUAGACCACUGUAUGUGUAACUUUGUGUUGGUUUGGAAUGGGAUGUACAAAAUAAAAAAAAUAUAUUUGUUACCGUG